GACACGGGGGUUGGACCGUUUUACUUGUGGCUUGAAGUGUGAUCAUUAUGGGAUGCCAAUUUUCUCCCUAGCAACCAAACUUAGUACCCUAGCAACGGAAUAAACAAAGCCUUAUAUCUCCGCAUCAGAACAUUGUAGAGACACGGGGGUUGGACCGUUUUACUUGUGGCUUGAAGGGUGAUCAUUAUUGGAUGGCAAUUUUCUCCCUAGCAACCAAACUUAUUACCCUAGCAACGCAAUAAAUGUUAGCUUCAUGCUAGCUUCCUGCUAAUCAUGCUAGCUUCAUGCUAAUUAUGCUAACAUCAUGCUAGCUUCAUGCUAAUCAUACUAGCUUCAUGCUAAUCAUGCUAACAUCAUGCUAGCUUCAUGCUAAUCAUGCUAGCAUCAUGCUAACUUCAUGCUAAUCAUGCUAACAUCAUGCUAGCUUCAUGCUAAUCAUGCUAACAUCAUGCUAGCUUCAUGCUAAUUAUGCUAACAUCAUGCUAGCUUCAUGCUAAUCAUACUAGCUUCAUGCUAAUCAUGCUAACAUCAUGCUAGCUUCAUGCUAACAUCAUGCUAGCUUCAUGCUAAUCAUGCUAUCUUCAUGCUAGCUUCAUGCUAAUCAUGCUAGCAUCAUGCUAAUCAUGCUAACAUCAUGCUAGCUUCAGGCUAAUCAUGCUAGCAUCAUGCUAGCUUCAUGCUAGCUUCAUGCUAAUCAUGCUAACUUCAUGCUAGCUUCAUGCUAAUCAUGCUAGCAUCAUGCUAGCUUCAUGCUAAUCAUGCUAACUUCAUGCUAGCUUCAUGCUAAUCAUGCUAGCAUCAUGCUAGCUUCAUGCUAAUCAUACUAGCUUCAUGCUAAUCAUGUUAACAUCAUGCUAGCUUCAUGCUAAUCAUGCUAGCUUCAUGCUAAUCAUGCUAGCUUCAUGCUAAUCAUGUUAGCAUCAUGCUAAUCAUGCUAGCUUCAUGCUAAUCAUGCUAGCAUCAUGCUAAUCAUGCUAGCAUCAUACUAGCUUCAUGCUAAUCAUGCUAGCAUCAUGCUAGCUUUAUGCUAAUCAUGCUAUCAUCAUGCUAGCCUCAUGUUAAAUUAUGCUAGCUUCAUGCUAGCUUCAUGCUAAAUCAUGCUAGCUUCAUGCUAAAUCAUGUUCGCUUCAUGUUAAAUCAUGCUAGCUUUAUCUUAAAUCAUGAUAGCUUCAUGCUAAGUUGUCAAACUCUACUCUCAGACUAGGCUUUCUCAAGCCAACAUAAAGUUUGUUCCGACGAACUUUUCUAUCUAGUUUCUUCUACUGUUGUUAAUUGAUUAAUUCACUAUUACUAAAGUCUCUACCUCCCCAAUGCCUUCCAUUAAAAAGAGAUGAUCCAAUAAGAGCUAAUGUUAACUGUAACCCGAUCAUAUGCCUCCCUCCUACCUUCCAAGUGACCUAAGAAGACCAUUUCUGGAAAUUGUGGACCAUUAUUGCCUUUCUGAAUCUUGUUAGUGUGCAUGACAUUGCAGUACAAUGGUGGUUAUAUUGUUAACCCAGUCUAUAUGUCAAGAGUCAGUGUUGUAUAUUUUCUUCAAUAAAGCUCUUGUGUGGUAUUUUGAAGUUUACAUUAAACAUAAAAUAAUUGCAGGAGUAAUAAAUCUAUUGUAGUUGAGAUGUGUGUGGUGUAUUAUUUUGUGAAUUUGUAAAUGUUACUUUUGUUGAGACCGCUCACACUUUGAGCGCCUCUGUCACAAGUUUACACUUCAUUUACGGAUGCCUUUCUGGUUAAAUAUAUUUCUGUGUGGAUUAAUUGGGGUUGGUGUUCAAAAAGAUCUGCCCCUCUUUUGUUGCUUAAUAACCCAGUUUUGUGUGAGCAGUGAGGUUUGAAUGUGUAGGUUGAAUGAAGGAUCUCAUCAGUGAUGGGCUGUGUAGGGUGGAAACUCUUCUGGCUGCUCUGCUUGCUGUCCACUUUUCUCCAGUAUGGUGCCGUUCGGGUGACAGUAAGGGAAUCUGCGGUGGAAGUGGUGCGGGGAGAUUCUGCCACACUGACCUGUUCUUUCUUCAGUUUGAUGCCUUUAUUUCGCCUCAGCAUCAUCUGGACUCUAACUCCCAUCUCUCAUCAUGAAUCCCCUAUACAGGUGAUUGUCUAUGCUCAUGGGCAGGUAAUUGAGAGCCCCUCGUUCAUUGGCAGGGUGGGGUUUGUGGGCAUGCCGUGGAACGCUGACAUCAUCCUUAAUGAGACGCGGAUCUCUGAUGCUGGCGUCUAUCGCUGUGUGGUCAACAAUCCACCCGAGACAGGAGACCAUGGCAUUGGGGAACUCAGCCUCACAGUGUUGGCGCCUCCAUCUUUACCUGUGUGUCUGUGGGAAUGGGACACUGAUGCCGCUGGCAAUGUCAGACUUUCCUGUGCGGUGGUGGAUGGCUUCCCUACUCCACAGAUGAUCUGGGAGAAGCUGGAACCGGAUCAGAUCACCCUGCCAGUAAACACGGAUGGGGGCAUGAUAGGCUCUGUGCAGAUUGCCAAUGUGUCUGCGCAGACCUCAGGUCUGUACCGCUGCUCUGUGUCCAACCCACUGGGAACCCAGCACUGUUACGUUAACCUGUCUGUGUACAGUCCAGCAGAUAAUUCUCCAGGGAUCCUGCAGGGGGUGAUGUUGAGUUUGACUAUGGCUCUGCUCCUGCUGGCCCUGAUGGUGCUGGCGUUGUGGCUCCACCGUUCGGCACAGGAAAGCAAAUGGAGGAACAGCAAUGAAGAUGAGUGUUAUAAUGAGAUAAAGUACACACCUUCUCUUAUUAAACGAUCUUUUGUAUAAGAAUGAGGGCAUGAAAUGACCAGCUGUGAAAAAUUGUGAAGGUAUUACAUUUACUGAUCAAUCGUUUUGGGUUAGUUGCGUGUCUAAUUUGAAUUAGAAUAAAUUGUGGAAGUCAGCCUUUGAAAAAUCUGCCUAUGCACAUAUGAAUGAACAGUAUAUUAAUAGUGGUUUUGGACCCAACAUAUUGUUUGUAUCAUUUGUUAUGAAUA